AUGGAUCACCAACAACACGCCCACAGAGGCACCUACAACCACGCGCCGUCCCCUCCUCCAUCCAGCCCAUCAUUUGCCAUGCUCACCGCUCUGCGCUCCGUGUCGUCCAUUUUCAACCACGCCAAGUUCUCGCUCGACACCACCAGCAAAGCCGCCUGCUCUGCAUCGACAUUCCCCGAUCAAGCCACCCUCGUCCUGCGCAGCAAGGGUGCAAGGGUUCCCAUUCCCUACGCCGAUCCUCCCUCAGCCUCCCCGCCGUUUGCUUUCAAUAAUAUCCUCCCAGGACUCAUCCACGGCCCACCCCCACCCUCCAAGACGACCCCUCCUUUAGCAAACGAGGACGCUCCUCUCCAGUCUUCCGUCGUCUCCGUCCCCUCCAUCUUGGAGAUGGGCCACGCCCGUUUGGGUCUACCAGCCCUCGGCGUCCACCCUCGACCACAGCAAACGGUCGUCGUCGUCGUCGUCGUCGUCGUCGUUGCCCUGCCUAAGCUUGUGUGGCGUCGCGUCAAGUGGCUCCGUGCGCUCGACGACUUCGAGGUCGUCCCGUCUCCUAGUGGUCGGCCGCCCAUAUCUCAUGUAUAA